AUGGUCAAUGAUAAGAAGAAUUUUAUCAAAUUGCUUAUCUUAAGUGGUAUAGUUCUAUACGUUCUAUUCACAUUAAAUAAACGUGCGAAAAAGAUGCAUUUCUCGAUUGAAAACCAAUGGAAUUCCAUACCAAUCACUGAUCACGAACCAGUUCGAAUUCAUCUCUUAUCCGCCGAUGAUAAAAAUCAUCUCUUAAUUGAAAUCGAUGCGCCAUUUUUCAACGACCCAGCUCCACCGACAAAAUCUUCGACACCUGGUUCAUAUCCCGAACUAUGGAACUACGAAGUUGUGGAACUGUUCUUUCUAUCAUCAUCAACAAAUCAUUAUCUUGAAUUAGAAUUUUCUCCUCAUGGUCAUUAUCUUGUUCUUCUCUUACUCGAUCGUCGAAAAGAAUUGAAACAAAUGUUACCAUUACCAUUUUAUCAAGUCGAACGACCUUCAUCAACUCGAUGGAUCGGUCGCGCACGUAUUCCUCGUUCAUUAUUUCCCGCUCAUGUUGAUCGUUUCAAUGCUUAUGCUAUUCAUGGUGAAAAUGACCAACGAACUUAUGAAUCUCUUUAUCCAGCGCCGAGCGAUAGUGUUAAACCUGAUUUUCAUCGCUUAGAAUUCUUUCGGUCAAUAGACUUCGAAUCAUUAUUAAACAUCGGCGAACAUGAUGGUGAUUCAUGGCAGAAUAACUAA